CGGGUUCCAUCCGACAUUCCGACCCACACCCAAUGGAGGAAGACGAGCAGGCGGCGCAGGCUGAGCCGCCGCCGCAGCAGCAGCAGCAGCAGCAGGAAGGGGACAAGGAGACGGAGACGGAGACGGAGCCGCCCCGGUGCGGGAGGCACCCGUCACAGCUCCUUACCGGCAUCUGCUCCUCCUGCCUCAUGGAGCGCCUCUCCUCCGUGCGCGACCAGCCCGAGGCCGAGAUCGUCGAGGUCGCCGCCGCGGAGCCCGCCGGGGGCUCCGGCGCCGCGGACUCGGGCAACCUGCGGCAGACGCUCAUGCUGCUCUUCCAGCUGGACGACUGCAGCGGCGUCGCGCAUUCGUCACCAGCCAAGGACCCCCAAUCGACGGAGUUUCAGUUCGGCUCUGCAAGGGGGGAUCGAGGGGGCGAGCGGAAGGGGCCCCGGUCGUGGCUCAGGUCCAUUUUGCCCAGGAGAGGGAUGCAGUGGAGGAAUGGGGGCUCCAGCUCCGUGAAGGAGCCCUCGCCGCCGCCGCAGCCGCGGAGGGAGGCGGCGGAUCCGAGAGCCAGCAACGGCGGCGGCGAUGCGCAGGUGGAGCGGAAGCCGAGCUUCCGGCGCUCGUGCGAGUGGAUGGCGUUCCGGGAACCGAGCAGGGGCUCCCUCGAGCCGCCACGCCACUCGUGGGACGGGUCGAUGGUGGGCAGGGCCUUCGCGUGCUCCUUCGCCUGCUUAGAGGAGCCACCGGAUGCGGCGACGAGGGCGGGGAGGAGCAAUGCCGAGGAAGCGGUUGGGGAGGCCCCAGCCGUGGUUGCGGAGAGCACGAAUGGGGGGCACUUAGUUGAUGCAGGUGGCGAUGGGCGGCGUUUCAGGGGAAGGGGUUCUGGUGACACUGGAAUGGAGAUGUCUGUCUCUGGAGUUGGAAGACGGAGGUCCAACAGGUGGAGCAGGGUGUGGGAUCGCAGCAUAACUAGUCCACUCAAGGAAUUUGUGAGGAAGGGGGAGCAUGUUCUUGAGCGGUCCCUGUCAGAGUCCAGGAAGGAAAUCCGGAGGGGUAAAAAUGCGGAAGCAGCAGACAUCAGUGGUGAAAUUCAUUCUGGCCGCAAUGGGCAUGUGUCCGGCAGAGCAAGCCAAGGCAAGAGUCGAAGCUCGCAGGCUGCAUCCAAUGGGGAUGUACAUAAUUUCCGGACCGAUUGGCUUAAGAAUAGCAAGAUUGGCAGAAGCAGAAGUUAUACAUCUCCUGGGAACUUGGACAAUGGGAUGCUGCGGUUUUAUCUGACACCCAUGAGAAGCACAAGAACUGCAAACAGGGCGAGAAGGAGAAGUUCACGUUUGUUUGCAAGAGGGCUUUUUGGUUUCAUAUGAUCAGCUGAAGUAGAAUGUCAGACCAUGCCAUGUGUUUUAGAAGAUGGCAGCAGCCGAAGCAACUUUUCUUUGCAAUCUACUUGGUUUCUAAGGAUUGGCAACAUUGUAAGUUAUUCGACAUAUUCUUUCCCAUAGCAGAUUGUUAAGUCCCAACUUAGGCUCAAGAUGCUUCAGUAUUAGUUGCAGAUUGCAGAAUUGCUGCUCAGUUCUUUUAAGAUGUUUCUUAUAGAUGGAAUCUGGACAAACCUGUGCAGAUUAGUAUCACACUGUAAUUAUUUACGUUGAUAAUAAUAUUUGUAUUAAUUUGUUCAAAGAGUUCUCAAUUCUUUUGUCUUGUUCAAGGUA